AUGGCAAUGACCGGGUACAUUGAUGUCGUUCGAGCUUCGACAUUCAAUACCGCAGAUUGGGUUACGUCCGUUGGCGUCGUCAAUCCAGACUGGAUCUGGCUCGCCAACGCCAACGUACAUGUCGCUGCGUCUCGUGGAUGGUUCAAGACCUACACUGCGUUCAAGUCCAAAGUGAAGACCUCACCUCGCCGGAACUCGAGCAGUUUCAGGGACGUCGUCGGCAUUGGGACCGUGGAGAUUUCAGUCCAACGAGACCCAAAGCUUACUGGUAGAGGAUCUCAGAGCGUUCUCGUGUUCGAAGAUGUUCUGCACGUCCCAGGAUUCGUAUGCAAUGUUCUCGGCAGUCCACUCGCACACCGAGACUCCGACUACGUCAUCAGUAUCAGCGCUCCCAUUUCAAAGCCUAACCUCCGGAUCAUGGAUCUCAAUAACCAGAAGCUCGCUUACUUUGAGGAGAAGACGAAUCUUGACGUCCUCAAGCUCGGGCAUAUUCCAAAUGGUAUACGUCUGAGUCCAUCAAAGCUGAGGGAUGAUGUCGGGUAUCACAUCGAACUUGCUUGGGACGAAUCCGAGAAACGUCGCUGGAUGAGACUCAAGAACGCUCCAUACACCGCCGAAGAGAAAGCAUACCUCAAGAAGGGUUGGCGUGACGAGUUCCACUUCCUACAAUUGUAUCAGCUUAGCAUCUACGACGAGGACGAUCGUGAGGAAGGUCGAGCCAUCCUACGCGCUUUCAAGGAACAGGACGAUUGGGACGCAGUGGCACAGGAAGAGGAAAAGUUGUUGACUAAUACUGACGUCGGAGCCGAUCACGACUUCACGCCUGGUGAGAUCAACGCACUACGAAUACUCCGAACACUUCAUGACGAUUUACUGUCCCAGAUCGUACGACGCAGAAGAUCUUAA